AUGGCGGGCCUUCACCCAAGCGGGGAUUGGAUGGGACGGGGGGCUAGAGCUCUGGAUAAUCUUCGUACCGCCACAGGGGAGGAGUCCUUAAGUAAGCUCCUUCGAAUGCGUGAGGACCUACAGACUGCGGGUUUGCAGUCCGCAACCUUCCGGCAAUUGGCCGACAGAGUGCCAUUCCGGGCGGAUGCGGAUCAACACUCAGCCACCUAG